UUCAUCACUUUUGAAGAUUCUGUGGAUUUUAGGAGCUCCAUGUCAAGAAAUGGAAUGAAGACCAAGUGUAUAUUUCAUGAUAUCACAUUUUAAAAAAGAAAGUGAAGAGUCAUUUGCUUCUGCAUCUAGAGAUAACCGUUGACAGCCCUUUGGUGUGUAUCCAUAAAAAUCAUUUUAUAUGUCCAUUUAUCUAUGUGCAUAUGUAUAUGUAUUUUAUCUUAAAUUUUUAUUCUAAAAUGUACAUACUGUAUAAUUUUAAUCAUUUUUGAGUGUAUAAUUCAGUGACAUUUUACAAUAAUACAUUCACAUUGUUAAGGAACCAUAUAUAAUACAUUCACAUUGUUAAGGAACCAUCAUCACUAUCCAUCUCCAUUGUAAAUGAUAACAUAAAACAAUAACUUGACUUUAAAGAAAAUAAGAUAACUUACUCUGAACCAAGUAUGAGUGGCACAGAAACAUGGAUUCAAGUUGCCUGAAUGACUUCUUCUGCUGUGGAAGAGAUUACCUGAACUUAUAGCCAAAGAACAAAAGUCAUGAAUCAAUAUUUUUAAGAAAUAUGUUGGUGAGGCCAGUAGGUAGGUGAGCUGUAGCAGAAAGGGAAAGUUUUUCCUAUAGGUAUUGACUGUUGCAGCCUUCUUAGCUUUAGGGUUGGUGGAGACUAGAGGUCUGUUAAGCCGUUAAUACAUUUUAAGAGGUUUACCUAGGAGAAUGUUAGGUGAGAUACAAAAGUUUAAGUAAAUGACUCUUUUUCUAAGGCCAUAAUGUAGCCCAAGCUAAUUUUGACUCUCAACCUGCAACUUGCCAUCUCUCCAUAAUCAGGAUGUUCUCAGCUGAGGUCAGUCUGCUUGAUCUUUAAUAUAGAUGGCACUGGGGAAUAAAACUGACUGAUUUAUGUUAUAUGCAUGUACAACUAUGUCACAAUAAAUUUGAUUAUUAUGUAUAAUUAUAAUGCACCAAUAAAAAUUAAUUCAAAAUAUAGAUGUGGCUUCUUCAAAGAAAUUCAGCUUCUUAUAUAGAUUAUCUCAUUUAUAUAUUUCCUAACCCUAUGAGGUAGGCGUUGAGAAGCAGAUGUACAGAUUGACUAGGAAUGGAGUCUAGGACAACCACUGGGUUUGGAAUUCCAUUUCUAUCACUGACCAGCUGUGUGACUUUUUAAGGACAGAUUUCUUAUCCUUUUCGUACUUUUUUUUUUUUUUUGGUAGAAUAGGGACAAUGAUAUUACCUUCUUAAGUUGUGGUGAAGAUUAAAUAGAUUAUACAUAAAAGAUUAACAUAAAGCUUUAAGAGCAGUACUUUGCCCAUAGAAAGCAUUCAAUAACUGACAGCUAUUUUAAUUUUUGUAAUUACUAUCUUCAAUUCAAAUAAGCAGACAUUGCCUGUCUUAAGUUAUUUAACCUAGUCUUCAUCAAUGAAUAUUUAGGUUUUUUCCAUUUUUUGCUACUGCAAACACCAUGAUAAGUUUUCUUGUAUGUGCAAUUUUGUGUACUGUUCAUUAUAGUACAAAUACAAUCAUUGGUAAGUUAAGAAUAUAAACAUUCCCGGGCUUUGUAAUACGUAUUAUCAAAUCUGUCAGAUCGUUCUAAUUAACACUCCCACUAAUGGCCUUAAUCCCUUUACACAUCUUUUGUAGUGGUUAACACAAGGCCAGUGUGUUAGUCAGCUUUCCAUUGAUGUUACAAAAUACCAAGGUAAUAAGCUUGUAAGGAGGAAAUGUUUAUUUAGGCUCAUGGUUUCAGAGGUUCAGCCCAUGGUUACUUAAGCCUGUCAUUUUGGGCCUGUGGUAGAACAUUACUUCAUGACCAGAAGUGCAUAGCAGAGGAAGCUGCUCACAUCAUGUCUGUUGGAACAUGGAGAGAGAGAAAUAAAAAGGGGCCAAGGUCCCAAAUCCCCUACAAGAGCUCACCCUAUUGGCCUAACUCUCUUUCACUAGGCCACAACUCUUAAAGUUUCCACCACCUCCCAAAAGCAUCUUGGGCUGGGAACCAAGCCUUUAACACCUGGGCCUUUGGGGGUCGCUCAAGAUCCCAAGAUAUAGCAGCUACAUUCAUAAUUCUUUCUGUUGGGUGUGUUUUUCUCACUGGAUGAAUAUUCAUUAAAUAAAAGACCUGGCACCUCGAGAACCUUAAAUAGUAUAAACAGGAUUUCAUGGUAGCCUGUCCUUCUCCAUUUUCUCCAUCUAUAUGCUGUGUGAGGACUGGUCCUGGGAGAGCUGGAAUGGCUUGUUCUUACAGGUAUCAGUGACUUUCGAGGAUGUGGCUGUGCUCUUUACUCGGGAUGAGUGGAAAAAGCUGGAUCCUUCCCAGAGAAGCUUGUACUGGGAAGUGAUGCUGGAGAACUAUAGUAACCUGGCCUCACUGGGAGGACUCCCAUUUAUCAAACCAAAGGUGAUCUCCCUGUUGCAGGAGGGAGAAGAUCCCUGGAAGGUAGAGAAAGAAAACCCUGGAGGCACCUCUCUUGCAUGGAAGAGCCAUCAUAAGACCACAAAGUCAACUCAAACACAAGACUCUUCAUUUCAGAGAUUGAUAAUGAACAGAUCCAGAAGGAAUGGACUUGGACCCUUGGACUUGAAAUCAGAAAAAUCUUGCAUAUAUGAAGGCAAAUUAGAGGAAAAACAGGAUAAAAAGGAAAUUUUUCAGAUAGUUUCAGUCACCCACAAAAAAACCUUAAUUGUAGAAAGAAGCCAUAAAAAUGUUGAAUUUAGCCAGAACUUCAACCCAAAGUCAGUAGUUGUUAGGCAACAGAUAGUUCCCAGAGAGAAACCACCACCAAAAUGUGAAAAAAAAGGAAACACUUUGAAACAUAAUUCAAAUUUACCUAAUCAGCCAAAAAUGACAGCAGAUAAACGCUAUCAAUGUAGUAUGUGUGAGAAGACCUUCAUUAAUACUUCAUCCCUUCGUAAACAUGAGAAAAAUCAUAGUGGAGAGAAAUUAUUUAAAUGUAAAGAAUGUUCCAAAGCCUUUAGCCAAAGUUCAGCUCUUAUUCAACAUCAAAUAACUCAUACCGGAGAGAAACCUUACAUAUGUAAAGAAUGUGGGAAAGCCUUCACUCUCAGUACAUCCCUGUAUAAGCAUCUAAGAACCCACAUUGUGGAGAAAUCCUAUAGAUGUAAGGAAUGUGGUAAGUCCUUCAGCCGAAGGUCAGGGCUUUUUAUACAUCAGAAAAUCCAUGCUGGAGAAAACCCUUAUAAAUAUAAUCCAGGUAGGAAAGCAUCUGGUUGCAACACAUCCCUUCCUGGUCAAAGAGUUCAUCCCAGAAAGAAGUCCUAUUUGUGUAAUGAAUGUGGCAACACCUUUAAAUCUAGUUCAUCCCUUCGUUAUCAUCAGAGAAUUCACACCGGAGAGAAACCUUUCAAAUGUGGUGAAUGUGGGAGAGCCUUUAGUCAGAGUGCAUCACUUAUUCAACAUGAACGAAUUCACACUGGUGAAAAGCCCUAUCGAUGUAAUGAAUGUGGAAAAGGCUUCACUUCUAUUUCACGACUCAAUAGACAUCGAAUAAUUCAUACUGGUGAGAAGUUUUAUAAUUGUAAUGAAUGUGGCAAGGCCUUAAGUUCCCAUUCAACUCUUAUCAUUCAUGAGAGAAUUCACACCGGAGAGAAACCAUGUAAAUGUAAAGUGUGUGGGAAAGCCUUCAGGCAGAGUUCAGCUCUCAUUCAGCAUCAGAGAAUGCACACUGGAGAAAGACCCUACAAAUGCAAUGAGUGUGGGAAAACAUUCAGGUGUAACUCAUCCCUUAGUAAUCAUCAGAGAAUCCAUACUGGAGAGAAACCCUAUCGAUGUGGGGAAUGUGGGAUGUCAUUUGGCCAAAGUUCAGCCCUUAUUCAACAUCGAAGGAUUCAUACAGGAGAGAAACCCUUUAAAUGUAAUACUUGUGGGAAAACUUUUAGACAAAGCUCCUCACGUAUUGCACACCAGAGAAUUCAUACAGGGGAGAAACCCUAUGAGUGCAACACAUGUGGGAAACUUUUCAACCACAGGUCAUCCCUUACUAAUCACUAUAAAAUCCAUAUGGAAGAAGAACCCUAGAAAGUAGAUUUGCAUGUGUAAAAGCCUUAAACCAAAGCUCAUCAGAGAACACAUACUUCAAGAGUGAUGUAAUAGAUAUUGAAAAAGCCUAUAAUCAUUUAGUGCCCAUUAGCUAUCAAAUCCCAUGGACAAUCUUGAUUAUGUAAUAGCUAAAAGGAAAGCAUUCAUGCCUGUCACUUUUUAAAAUAACCUGAGAAUUCAUAAGUGGAGACACUAACUUUGGGCAUUUGUAAAAUAAAAGGUGUUUGAUUUUCCUCUUUCCUACAGCAGUGUAGUCUAGCUAUCACAUGUGAUCAUCAUAAACAUCAAGUGGGUAGGGAUUUCUCUGGUUUUCUCAUAAAAACACCAAACUCUACACUGGUGAUAUUUUUUAUAACAUUUUAGUAGCAUAUGAGUGAAUGAAUCAAAGAAAUUAUACAUUUUUAAUGAAAAGGACCAAAAUAAAAGAUUAAAAUAAACUGUAAACUACCUCUCA